CGCUGUGAGCUCUGCUGUCAUAGUGCUUCACUUCCGGGAUAAUGACAAGAUGAGAUUGUAGCAUCGCCGCUGAACAAAAUCCCGUCACAGGGUGAUGGGGCCAGACAGUGUCCCAGGUCCAGCUGUGCCCUGGCGGAAGGUGCUGUGGGAGCGCCAGCCCUUCCCUGAUAACUAUGUGGAUCAGCGGUUCCUGGAGGAAUUAAGGAGGAAUGAGGGCAUCCGGCAGUACCGCUACUGGGCUGUGGUGAGAGAAGCAGGCUUUGUGGGACAACAGCUGUCCUGUGUUGCCAUUUUUAUCACCCUCUGGCUCUACAUGGAGCAGGGUCUGCUGUCCCCUGAGAAGCUGUUGUGGACCAGCCUUGUCUGCGCCCUGCUGGGAUAUGGACUGCACCAAGCCUUGACGUCUCAAGUCGAAUCCGGCUGUGAGCUCCGGACUCGUCUCGCUGACUUACAGAGUGCCACUAUUUUUCUAUCCUUCACCUUUGGUUUCUCGCCUGUUCUAAAGACACUAACAGAGUCUGUGAGUACUGACACGGUGUACGCCAUGUCUGCUGUGAUGCUGCUGGCCCACCUAGUCUCAUUCCCUUACGCCCACCCCUCACCCCCAGGCAGCCUCUCCAUAAAUGCAGCCCUGUUUGCCUCAGUGUGUCUAGCCUCAAGGUUACCUGGGGCUCUUCACACCUUCGCCAUGCUCAGCUGUGCCCUGCUGGUGUUUGCCCUGUGGCCCUGCCUGCUGCAGAGGCUGAGGGAGAACACCCCUAACCAGUUUACUGGGUUGUGUGUGGGAGUGUGUAUCGGAGGGGUAGGUGGCCUGUGGACACAGUCACCAGGGGGAGCUGUGCUCUUAGCCCUGGCCUUAGGGUGUGUUACAUUGCUCUGCCCCCUGCUGUUAGUCAGGCUGCAGAGGCACAAGGACAACAUCCAUGGACCCUGGGAUGAAGCUGAGAUUCAUGAGGACCUCAGUCACUUCCUUCAAUAACGGACAGAGUAAAGAGGAGCACAUGGAGCUCCUGACAAAAGUUACAUUUGAGGUGUGAGCCAACUGAGACUUUUAUAUGAAUUAAUUGUCAGUUUGCAGUAUUAUGUUGGUGCUGUACUAAACUGACAAAUGUUAACUCUUUUAUCAUUGGUCCACAUCUGUUUGGACAGCCAUGAAACCUUGUUAUCCUCUUGCAGAGAAUAUGAAGAUGUUUUUACUGUUCAAGCUGCUAAGUGUUGACCUCAGAAUUCGUAUGGAAGGUAUCAACUAAUAUGCAAUGCUGACUUUACAUUUGUGGGAGAUGUUUAUGGUUGUGUUCAGUAUGUUGUUGAUGUUGAGUAUGAAUGGACAGAUUCAUAGAGCUACACAGUGGCUUGCAAACUAUGUCAAAAUUAAACAUUAGAAGUACAAAAAUUUUAAAGGGUUUUGCAAUAAAAAUGUGUCCUCAAAGUAAAUAAUGCUUUUUUUAUUUUUAUAUUUUUGAGAAACAACAUUUUGACAGACUACUUAGUUUUCAAGUUGUGUUUUGUAUGGAUGGACAGUUUGCUUGUCAGUAAUGACAUAAAAGAGCUUUUAUUUGAAUGACUGCUCUUUUCUAAUAAUGAAAUAUUACACAUGUAAACAUUGGAGAAGUCCAGUAUAACAAGCUCCCGUUGAUCAUACAGGGCAGACAGCUGCUGCAGUGCUACAGUUCUCACAGGACUGUCCACCAUAUUUUAAAAAUAAAUACAUUUUAUUAACCAACAGCAUAGUAAACACAGACAGUACAUGACCAUAUAAUGCCAGGGGACAGACAUAAAACAAAUAGUUAACAUACAUUUUCAAUAUAGCUUUCUUUUUUUUAGAAUAGAGGAGGAAUGUGAUGUAUUGUUUGAUUGUAUGACUAUUUUUAAAAAUAUAAAAAAUGUGGUUUCUGAAUGUGAUUUUGCAAGUAUUGAUGACAGUGUCGAGUUUUUUCGGUAAAAGUCAGUAAAGAAAGCCAAACUCCACUUUUUCAUAGAAAAGGGUAAACUCCGUCCACCAUGUUGCAUUCCCUGCCACACCCAGUCAGUGACGUCACGUUGGCGGGCUGAGUUGAUUAAAAACACCUGCUGUGAUUUACAUGGCGCUUAAAAAAAAAAAACCCUCAACCCCAACACAGCAGCCGUGUACUGCCCGGCCACAUGUACAGUUGAUUUAAAAUGGACACUGGGUUUAAAGUCAGAGCCGCUCACUCUACCGUCUGUUCAGCGUUCAGCGUGAGGAAGGCUAGAAUUGUUGUAGCUUAUGUUUAUGUUCAUUUUCAUGUUUGUUUUUGUUUCAAUAUAUUAAAGACCUGCUAACAUAA